AUGAGUCUUAUUGCUCGACAAUCACUACUUCAGGUGACCACUCCUCGUGUUAUAGGAGCCGCCUUAACGUCAUACCAACAUCAUCGCUUCUGGAUGCACUCAUCAGAGCUCAAAAGCGCGAUUUCUCACCAUCAACGCACUAAUGCCAUCGGGGAACGUCCCAUAGUCCUACCCAAUACCAAAUCUACGACGAUUGAGCCGAAAACAACCCCUUUAUGUAUUCUACCGUUGGGAAUGAUCAUUCGGUCUUUGCUUAUCACCUCGAUUUAUUCUUCUGCUAUACUUCAAAACUCAUCUCUUCGAAUCCUGUGGAUUAUAGCCCACGCUGAGAGUACUCUUCUCAGCCAUGACAAAAAUCCCAUUCUCAAAUUCCUUCUCAAGAAAACAUUUUACGCUCAAUUCUGCGCUGGUGAGACUCCAGCUGAAGUACAAUCUACUGUCACCAAUUUGAAAAAUAUCGGCUUUGCGGGUGUUAUUUUGUCACACGCCAAAGAAGCUGCCGGCAAGGAAGAAGAAGCAAAGGCUGCUACCACUCACGACCUAAGCGAGGAGACGGCUCAUGAUGUCACGACCGAGAUUCAGCCCUGGGUUGACAGUGUAGUUGAGACUAUCAAGAUGACUGAGCCCAAUGACUAUGUUGCACUCAAAUUCUCUGGUGCAGGCCGUCUCGCUUUAUACAACUUGUCGCAAAACAUUGGUCCAUCUCCAUAUCUGUCCAAGUCUAUUCACGAUAUUUGCACCCUAGCCCGCCAACGACGUGCUCACCUCCUCAUCGAUGCCGAGCAUGAUUGUCUGCAAGAGGGGGUCGACAAGUGGACCAUGAUAUAUGCGCGGAGCCACAACACAUCAGUUGACACCGCAACUAUCUAUGGCACAUACCAGGCCUACAGAAAGGUAACGCCUGCGACUAUAUCACGGCAUCUCGCAGAAGCUCAGGAAGGUGGCUUUACUCUCGGUGUAAAGCUUGUUCGCGGCGCCUACCUUGAUUCUGACCCUCGUCACUGUUUCCAUGAUACGAAAGCCGAAACAGAUGAUUACUAUAAUACAAUCUCGAGUGCCAUUAUUACGAGGCAGUGGGGUCCAGUUGUUGACGGAAAUGGAGAGUUUCCUAACGUCCAUAUGGUUCUUGCUACCCACAACACUGAGUCUGUUAGCCAAGCUCGAAUUAUCUGUGACGCCGGGAAAACCAAGACUGGGGUUGUCUUUGCUCAACUCCAGGGGAUGGCAGAUGAAGUUGGCUGCGAGCUUAUUCAAUAUAACUCCGGCAGAAAUUCCGUCGCCUUGCCUGCUUAUAAAUAUGUUGUUUGGGGGAAUUUGGCGGACUGCAUGAAGUAUCUUCUUCGCCGUGCUUAUGAGAAUCGGGAUGCUAUUCAGCGCACGGAACGUGGACGAAAGGUUAUGUGGGCUGAGCUUAUUCGGAGAUGCAAGAUGGCUUUGUCCUUUUCUGUAUAA